CUGGGGAGGUGCUGUAACAGGGGAGCCCUCAGAGGACCCCCUCGGCCAUGGCCGUACCUAUUGCAGUUCUUGACUGCGACCUCUUGCUGUAUGGCCGCGGACACAGAACUUUGGAUCGCUUCAAGCUGGAGGAUGUCACAGAUGAGUAUCUAGUAUCCACAUAUGGCUUUCCCCGACAGUUCAUUUACUACCUGGUGGAUCUGCUGGGAGCCAGUCUCUCUCGCCCUACACAGCGGUCCAGGGCCAUCAGUCCAGAGACACAGAUCCUUGCUGCAUUGGGUUUCUAUACCUCUGGCUCCUUCCAGACUCGCAUGGGGGAUGCUAUUGGCAUUAGUCAAGCCUCCAUGAGCCGCUGCGUUGCCAAUGUAACCGAGGCAUUGGUGGAAAGAGCCUCACAGUUCAUUCACUUUCCUGAGGAUGAAGCUACUGUACAGCGCCUGAAAGAUGACUUUUAUGGGCUGGCAGGCAUGCCGGGAGUGCUGGGGGUGGUUGACUGCACCCACGUGGCAAUCAAAGCACCAAAUGCUGAGGACUUGUCCUAUGUGAACAGAAAGGGUCUCCAUUCUCUGAACUGCCUGAUGGUGUGUGAUGCCAGAGGAGUCCUCCUGAGCGCUGAAACACACUGGCCGGGCAGCCUGCCCGACUGCACUGUGUUACAGCAGGCAGCCCUGACAAGGCAGUUUGAAACUAAGCUACAUAAAGAUGGCUGGCUACUUGGUGACAGCUCCUUCUUUCUCCGAACGUGGCUGAUGACCCCUCUGCAUAUCCCUGAGACACCUGCCGAGUACCGCUACAACAUGGCCCAUUCUGCCACUCAUAACGUUAUCGAGCGGACGUUCAGAACCAUUCGGUCGCGUUUCCGCUGCCUGGAUGGUUCCAAAGGCACCCUGCAGUAUUCUCCAGAGAAAUCCAGCCACAUCAUUCUGGCCUGCUGUGUGCUUCAUAACAUCUCCCUGGAACAUGGCCUGGAUGUGUGGUCUUCACCGGCCACAGGACACAUGGAACAGCCAGAAGAAGAGUACGAGCAAAUGGAAUCCAUGGACUCGGAAGCCUGUCGUAUUCGUCAGGAGCUUCUGCUUACUCACUUUAGCUAAUGUUGUGAUGGGGAGAAGGCUUCUAACGGUUCAUCUGAGAAGAUGCACAGAGCAACCAUGCCCCUUUCUCUUCUUUAAGUCUGUAAACACUAAGCAGAUCUGAGACAAAGAGAAAUAUUACUCUCUUCAUUUCAGGUGGUUUUCUGAACUUCUCUCAAACCUCUCUAGAGAUGCAGGUCAAUCACUGAGUUUUUACUGUUGUGAUGUUUAAAUUCCCCCCUUUCACCUGACUCAGAGAACAAUAACUAAUGUGGGAUGAGUGGAGAAACUUGGGAAAUUGUCUGUGGUAACGAUGAAAACUGUGUUAGCCUUGCACUGUUUUACAAAGCAACAAUUCUAUGCCACUUUCUAACCUAAACCAGUUCUGAUUGUUUUUAAAUGGUAUUUCACACAAAUUAAACUUCCAUGUGGGCUCAUGCCUACCAUGAAUUCAUGAGCAGCAGAACAAA